AGAGACAGAGACAACUAUUUUAUGAUACAGAAAUUUUAGGUGCAUGUGAUUCACCUCCAGGCUAUGUUGUCUGUCCUGUUUGAUGAUUUGUCAUGAACAUACCAAGGCCUUGUGAUCCUCAACAAUUAUUUAAAUUUUAAAUAUAGUAGUAGUGCUAAUAAUGCAUGUAUUUAUUUAUUAAUUCAUUCCCUCUUCUUUAUACUGUUGUUUAAUUUAAUAUAUCUGCAUUGCUGGAACUGCCUCAGGCAUCUUGUCCACAAAACUUGAACGCAAUUGGUCAAGGCACUGGGAUUUGUUUGGCAUGCCUCUAACCUCAUGCAAUAGCUAGCACUUCGGUUUCUGUGUGUAGAAUCUUGAAUUCUACAAACAGUUAUAGUUCCUGUUGCAUUAUAAGUAUUCUAUUUAACUGCCAACAGUAUAAACUGGAGAGCCUGAUGGGGAUGUAAGAGCAAAUUAGCAGUCUUCAUCAAAUUCAACAAGAUUGUAACUGAAGUUGAGUUGAAAGGGAGAGCCUUUUUGCCUUUCCUUCAGAGAUCUUCUUGUUCAGCAGAAAAUUGUGGUGUAAUUGAAUUCUGUAAGGAAGACAAGUCCUAACAUAAAUUUCCUAGAGAGAAAACUUGUCUGUGUUUCUUAUGGAGAAGCCUAUAAGGUCCUGUGACAAAGAAUACAUGAGGAUGGCCAUGUUGAAGCAUGAAGAAACUUUCAAAGAGCAGGUAUAUGAACUUCAUCGUUUGUAUAGGAUCCAGAAGAUAUUGAUGAAAAACAUGGAAGCCAGAAGAGGCAUUGAAGUAAGCUAUUUCAAUAAUGCAAUUAGUUUAACUCAAAAUGGAAAUCAUAAAGGUGCACAAGAAAAGCCUCAGAUCAAAUUUGAUCUAGAACAGCCUGCAGAGGAGCAUUUUGCAGAAUCAGAAGAUGGCGUCCUAGAAAUCAUAGAUGAGACUGAGAUUGAGCUCACAUUAGGCCCCUCAAGUUAUAAUAGAGGUAGGAAGAAAGUUGAGACACCACUAACUUCAGAUUCUGGACAUAGCUUGUCUUCUUCUUCCACUGGUUCAAGCCAUAGAAACAAGAUCACAAGAUACAACACUCAUCACAGAACAAGAGAAGAAUCAAGUGGAAUUAGAAACAGUUUUCAUAUUGAAGAACAGUUGAGAUCACAAGAGAGGCUAAAACAGUCACCUUGGCUUUUCCAAGUGUUGAAUCUGAACAUGACUUGAAAAAAAAGAUAAAAAUUGUAAGGUCAAUCAAUGUGAUCUAUUUAAAUUUCUGUUUAGGAGUUAAGACUGACUUUGUGAAUGAUGUUUGUGUGGAAUGUUCUGCCAAAAGUUAUGAAACGUGGUGGGGUUUGUUAUGUCUCCCAUAUGACGACUUUUUUUUUCCUUGGUGCCCAGUGCCCACAGACAUUACUAUUCACUUGUCACAUGCCACUAAUAUUUUCUUGAUUCUGCAGCUA